AGAGAGAGAGCAGGCACAGCAGUCCCAUAUAACUCACUUUUAUUAUGUUUCCUUCAGUUUGGUUUAGUUCACUUCAUCUUUAUCAACUGCACAAAGCAGAAGAAUUAUCACUUUCUCUCUGCAACUCAACCCAAUUCCUCCUUGUUUUUCUUUUCUCAGUAAGUACCCUCAUUUAAUCAUUUUCUCAGUCUGCCACACUCUAAAACACAACCUAGCUACUCCCCAAACUUCUUCCACUGAUCAAAAGAUUUGGUGAACAAAACAAACAACUUGUAGUUGGUAACCAUAUCCUUUCACUGUUUGUCUCUACCCUUCUUUCCUACCUCUUUUUCUACUCCCUGAACUCGUAGUUCCCAAUAUGUUACAUCACCCAAGGGAACCAUGAGCCUUAAUUCCCAGAAUCUCCAUUUCUUGUGGAGGCUCUCAUCCUUUCUUCUUCUACUUCUUCAAUCUGCUACAUCUCAGUCUGUUACAUCUCUUAACUCUGAUGGGAUUCUCUUGCUCAAAUUCAAAUACUCCAUUCUCAGUGACCCUUUAUCAGUCCUAGAGAGCUGGAACUACGAUGAUGCAACACCGUGUUCAUGGUAUGGUGUUACGUGCGACGAAAUUGGAGCCCCCGGUACCCCUGAUUUGUUCAGAGUAACAGGUUUGACACUUCCCAAUAGCCAACUUUUGGGUUCCAUUUCUGAAGACUUGGGCUUGAUCCAAUACCUUCGCCACAUCGAUCUCUCCAACAAUUUCCUUAAUGGCUCUCUACCCAACACUAUCUUCAACUCUUCCCAGCUUCAAGUACUUUCCCUCUCAAACAAUGUUAUCUCCGGUCAACUACAUCAGCUGGUUGGAAAACUAACAGACCUGAAAGUUCUCAAUCUCUCUGACAAUGCCUUUGCCGGGUUGGUCCCAGAAAACCUCACUACUCUACCAAACUUAACGGUUGUUUCUCUGAAGAGUAACUACUUUUCUGGUAGUGUCCCAACCGGGUUCAAAUACGUGGAGAUUCUGGAUCUGUCCUCCAAUUUGUUCAACGGUUCUUUGCCAGAAGACUUUGGCGGCGAAAGCUUACGCUACUUGAACCUCUCCUACAACAAGAUUUCCGGAACAAUUCCUCCAACAUUCGCCAAACAGAUUCCUGGAAACUCAACAGUGGACCUCUCGUUCAACAAUCUGACAGGGGCAGUACCAGAGUCUUUGGCUUCGCUCAACCAGAAGACAGAGUUUCUAUCAGGAAAUGCUGAUCUUUGUGGUAAGCCUCUGAAGAUUCUGUGCACUGUUCCCUCUACUGAGUCCUCUGCUCCGCCCAAUGUCACCACAUCUUCACCAGCCAUUGCUGCCAUACCGAAAAUUGACUCAAACCCUUCAUCAAACACAACAGGAACCCCCACCAGUUCUCAGAAUGUAUCGCCAAGUGGCCUAAAACCUGCCACCAUAGCAGCAAUUGUGGUCGGAGACUUGGCUGGCAUGGCCCUUUUGGCCCUCGUCAUUCUCUUCGUCUACCAACAGAGAAAGAAAAGGUAUUCGGAUCCAAAUCCAAACCCAAAUUCUAAACGAGACACUAAUGCUGCUUCUGGUAACAACUCAGAAAAGAAAUACGAAACUGCUUCACGACAAGAUGCAGAUGCAAAAACAGUAACCCCUUCACUUCCCUGUUCCUGCUUAACAAUCAAAGAAGAAGAAACCUCAGAGGCAACUAGCUCGGACAGCGACCGCGAGAGCAACACCGCAGUGGACAUCAUGGCAGCACAAAACGGGAACCUUCCGAAACAAGGCACCCUUGUAACAGUUGACGGGGAAACAAAUUUGGAGCUUGAGACUCUGCUUAAGGCUUCAGCGUAUAUUCUGGGAAACAGCCGCGUCAGCAUUGUCUACAAGGCAGUGCUAGAGGAUGGGAGAGCCUUUGCCGUUAGAAGGAUCGGUGAGUGUGGGAUUGAGAGAAGGAAGGAGUUUGAGAACCAAGUGCGUGCCAUUGCAAAGCUUCGCCAUCCCAAUUUGGUUAAGGUUCGCGGCUUCUGCUGGGGCCGAGAUGAUAAACUCCUAAUAUGUGACUACGUCCCCAAUGGCAGCCUCGCCACCAUUGAUCACAGAAAAUCAGGUUCGUCCCCUCUGAACUUGUCCUUGGAGAUACGGUUGAAGAUAGCAAAAGGGGUGGCACGAGCGUUGGUCUUCCUUCACGAGAAGAAGCACGUGCAUGGCAAUGUUAAACCCGGCAACAUCCUGCUAAACUCAGAAAUGGAAGCCAUUAUAAGCGAUUUUGGGCUGGACAGGCUACUCCUGAACGAUGUGACCCACAGAGGAAACGGUUCGGCCAGACAAGUGAUGGCGAACCAAAGAAGCCAGCAAGAGGUGGCAUUUGGUUCAAGUCCCUUCGGCGCAAUGGGAUCAUCGUCGAGUGGUGCGGGCCACAUAAUGGUGUAUCAAGCCCCGGAGUCACUUGAGAACAUCAAACCCAGUCACAAAUGGGACGUGUACUCUUUUGGAAUGGUGCUGCUGGAGCUUCUAACUGGGAGGGUUUUCCUGGAGCGGGAAUUGGAGCAGUGGAACGAACCGGGUUUGGUGGAGGAGGAGCAGAACCGGGUGGUGAGAAUGGCUGACGCAGCAAUAAAAUCUGAAAUAGAAGGGAGGGAGAAUGUGGUAUUGACAUGGUUCAAGUUGGGGCUUAGCUGUGUUUCUCAUACCCCACAAAGGAGACCCUCCAUGAAAGAGGCUCUACAAAUCUUGGACAAGAUCCAUGCUUCUGCUCCACUCAAUUAAUUCUUCUUCAUAAUGAUGUCGCUGAUGUGUUCCUUCCACACACACACACCCUGUUUUUAGAUCAAGGUGUUUAAUUUCUUCAUCCUUUUCCGUCUUUUCUUGACUUCAAUUAGCAUCAACAGAGGAAAAUAUUAGAGACAAGUGCUUGUUUAUGCAACGUGACAAUGAUUGUAACUUUGACUAAUCACCGCUCAAACGAAUCAUUGUCUGAUCUA